AUGUACCCUCCAAAUUCUAACCUUAAUCAGCCUAGUCUUUGUUUCGUUCGUUUUUGGCGGCCAAGAACGAGUUGCGACGAGGUGAAGGAGGGCUGUUGUCUGUUGAAGUUUAGCUACCAUCGAAGGAGGAGGAAGGGGGAGAAGCUCGUGCCAUCUUCGUCCAGCCUGAGUUCAGGAAUCUAUCAUCUAGCAGUUGAGGUUGAGUCUGCGGGACUUCAACAAUGUGGGGUUGAGUCUGCCGGACUUCAGCAGUGUGAGGUACUAGCGAGGACCAUGGGAAGGCGCCGACGUGAUCUGUACACACUGAUGGGUGAUUUAUGAUCUUGGGAUUUAUAUGAUUGUAUUAUGACAUGAUACGUUGGAUAUUUAUGCCUUGUUUUGGAUG